CAACGUGAAAAAUUUCAGAACGAAGGAAAGAAGCGUGUAGCUUUUUAUUAAGAAAAAAGUUUACUGUAAUAUUAUAUUUAUAAAAAUUAGUUUAAUAAACAAUUUCAUCAACUAGUUGCAUAAAUCUUAUUCGCAAACUCAAAAAAUUGUAACAGGAAAACUUACCAAAAAUUGUAAUGAAUAAAAUCCAGUGAAAAAAACAAAACGCCGCAAUAAAGCCUGAUGCACUAAAAGAUACAAAAGUGUGCUUUUUUUUUUGAAGGAAUAAAAGUCGAGAAAAAUAAGCGCCUAUUUUCUACUGCUACUUAAUUAUAUAGAAUUUAUAGCAUUUGUGAAAGUAUAUAAAGUAAAUGUUAGGUUAAGAACGACAAAACUUGAAGGAAAGAAUAAAAUUAUUCAUUUCAAAAUAAAGACAACAAACAGAAAUUUACAUUGUAAGCAGAAACAACACAAAAAAUAAAAAAAUAAAGAAAUGACGGACCAAAUGGAAGAGGAACUUGAAUCGCAGGAAGAACAAAUCGAACAAUCAAGUGGGCAAGUGGGAAUUACAGAUCAAAGACCCCCACCGGAUCAACGAUUAGAAACGCAACGAGCAAACCAAUCUGAUGAAAACAUGGAAAUUGAUAUUUACGAACAGCCGACAUCGUCAGUUCAAGCCCAACCAGACGAUGAAGAGCCAGUAGGGCUACCUCAACAACAACCAUCGCAAGCUAAUGUUGACGAGGAUGUCGAAGGUGAAGCUAAUGAGCAAAGUAGUGAUUCGUUAGAUACGUUUCGUGGUUUCGAUGAAAUGGACUCCAAUCUGGAAAAUAAAGACAUGUCGCAAGUCUUGCAAUACUGGGAAUCCAAACAUACGCAGUCGGGUUUCGAUCCCGUGCCCAUUUUGAAAAGAUUGGCUGAAAUAUUUGAAAAAGAAACCGAAAUAUAUAUGCGGAAAGAUCCAGAUCCUUUCGAUGAACGCCACCCCUAUCGAACAGAUCCUAGUUGUCAGUUUGGAUUUUUACUCAAGCAGCUGUUUCGUAAGGAUCAUUUUAUGAAGAAGUUGGUUAAUGAUUAUCUGCGCGAUAAUUACUUCACUCGACAGAGCAUACAAAAGAGUUCUCUGGAAUUGAAUAUUUUGGCAUUGCGUUUAAUUUUAGUUAUAAUGCCAGGUCUGGAAACAUCGGCUGUAUUUCAGGUAGAAUUUGAUAAUCUCAUCCAUCGUAUUUACAACUGGGCCGAAGACAGCAUAGAGCCUUUGCAGAGUUAUGCCACUGGCCUAUUGGCUGCCGCAAUGGAGGUUACGGACAUCGCGGUCACUUUCCGUGAAUUGAAUACGCGAUUAGUGCCCAAAAUGAUUAAACGUUUACAUAUGUUACAAGCUGUUUACAAAAGUUGUACACGCGAUUUGGUCAACCAUGUUAUGCCAUCAAUAGGAAACUGUAUACCUGGGCCCAGCGUAAUGAAUAAUUCAAUAGAUUGUGAAACUGUAGCAGUACAUUUAGAACGUGUUUUGCCUUCGUGGAUGACGGGCUCAGCCCCUCAAUCACCUUUGCAAAUGGAAGACUCUCCCACCACUUCUAAAGCAACAGCAGGUGCAAACAAUGCUGCUUUAGACGUUUUAACUAACAAUUCGAACAUGUCGACGCUAUUAGAGAACAGUCGUGAAACGUUACCGAGCGCACAUAUUUAUAAAAAGAUGUACAUAGCCAUACAUCCACCGACAGCCGAAACUAGCCAAAUGCUGAUAUUACGCUACCUGACAACAAUGGGAGAGUAUCAAGAAUUUUUGGGCUUAUUCCUCGAGCACAAUGCUAUACAAUUGAUUUUCGGCUACAUUGAAAAUCUAGAUUCUCGAGACACUUGCCUGGCAUUCGAGGCCCUUAAAUAUUUAGCAUCUUUGCUAUGUCAUAAAAAGUUUGCUUUGGAAUUUAUCAGCCACGGUGGAUUGGAGCUCCUGUUAAAAGUCCCGCGACCGAGCAUAGCCGCUACAGGAGUAUCAAUAACACUUUAUUAUUUAGCUUACACUGAAGAUGCGAUGGAAAGAAUUUGCACGAUGCCGAAAUCAAUUAUUACUCAAUUGGUGAAAUAUGCCUUGUGGAUCUUAGGUCAUUCCUACGAUUCUGGCAAAUGUCACGCUACUAUGUUCUUUGGUUUAAGUUUUCAAUUUAAAAUUAUACUCGACGAAUUCGACGCCCAGGAUGGUCUGAGGAAACUUUACAACGUAAUUUCGGUUUUAAAAAUUCUAAAUCCGUCCAGCAAUGAAGAGGACGCUAACAAUGAUCUCAACGAAGAUGUGGAAAGCGCUUCACGUCAAAUUGUUCGUCACGUAUGCGUUGCUUUAAAGCGCUAUAUGGAAAGCCAUUUGUUCUACAAAUACAACAGCUUUAUGCGACAGCAGUUUCCAUCGUCUGCAGAAUUCAACCAAAACAUAACUAAAGCCGCCAAAGCUAACCUUGAGCAGAUUAGCGACCAGAUACGUACCUUGCAAGAAAAUACCUCAGUAAGAGCCCAUUGGGCUCCUGUCGAUCAAUUAUUGAAAUUAGGCGGCAUUACGUUGCUGUUGAAAAUUAUUGCCUUCUCUUAUGAAUGGAAUAAUGGCGGCAGGUCCGAGACGGUGCGAUCGGCAUUAGACGUUUUAUCUAUAUGUUGUGUUAUUCCGCGUGUUUAUCUAGCUUAUUGCGGCAUCCUGGAAUUGCCUGAUCAUGGCACAACCACUGGUGUAUUUUCGAUACUUGGAGCGGCUGCCGGCGAUAUUGUACCAGACGCUGAUGUGCAAAAAUCUGCUUUGGCGGUGUUAUGUCACUGUGUGUGUUCUCCUAUUGCUAGGAAAGAUCCCAUUACCUUAAUGAAGUGCCUCGGUUCCUCCAAGAAAAAUAAACAAAGUAAUCGGUACAGUGAAGAGUUGGUAGAAAAAGUCUGGGAGUCUGUGUGUUCCAAUAAUGGCAUUAUCGUACUAUUGUCAUUAAUGCAAAUCAAAACGCCAAUUACGGAUGCAGAUUGCAUCCGUGGUAUGGCCUGCCGGGCGCUAGCUGGUCUAGCUCGUUCACAGCGUGUGCGACAGAUUGUUGGCAAGCUUCCAUUGUUUGCUAGUGGUCAAAUACAGACUUUGAUGCGCGAUCCAAUUUUGCAAGAAAAACGGGCGGAACAUGUAAUUUUUCAGAAAUACGCUUUAGAGUUAUUAGAACAAGUGUCGGGUAAAACAAAACCGCUCAGUCACCAGUUGGAUCCGUCUUUGGCUAACAUACAUAAAGCGAAUGUAAUAGCCCAAACGAAAAUUCAGUACAACGAACAACAACUUUAUCAAUUGAUUUAUGAUCAUUUGGAGUCUAAAGGUUUAACCCAAACAGCACAUAUGUUGCAGAAGGAGGCUAACUUACAAUUGCCUUCGACGACAACUAAGAACUUUCAUCAGUCACCAUUCGAUUAUAAGGUAAUGACUGUCAGUUCCAUUGGUCGUAGCCGUCUUCGGAGCCGUAUGCCAGAUAUAACUCAAGCUAUAAAUGGAGCUGCAUCAACAAUUGCAGUUAACAACUGUCCCACAUCUUCGGAAAAUGUAAAUGGCAACUUGAGCGAUGAUGCAGCCCAAAAUGCGAUCACACCUAUAAAAUUGGUAAGGAAAACGGAUAAAUUGAUGUGCAAUUCAAUAGGGCCCAAUAGUUCGCACUGUUCUGUCAACAAUGCCAACAGUGCGAAUUGCAUUCAGUCGAGUAGUCAGCGUUCGCUGCAAAAACAAAUUUCGGUAGCUGAUGUCAAUAACAUAGUGGAAGUAGGCUCGCCACCGCUUAGCGUGGGUAUAACACUGUCCACCAUUGUCACUGAAUAUCUAACAAAUCAACACGCGUUGUGCAAUAAUCCGAUGACAACGUGCCCGCAAUUUGAUCUGUUUACCCCUCAUAAAUGCCCAGACCCAAAACCUAAUCGCGUUCUGGGUGAUAAUAUAAACAUAACCGCCCGCCUCUUUAAAGCCCAAGCCGGGUUUAAUACACGCCGUUUUGAUAGGCGUUACGUUCAUUCAAAUUUCGCUCCUUGGCAUUCGAUACGUUCCAAUGAUUACAAUGAAAUCGAAUUCACUUCGUGUCAUAUUGUGGAAAAUACCAAUUUGUUGCUCGUCGGUACUCAUCAAGGGGAAGCAAAAGUUUUCAAUAUGAACGAAGGUACCGAACUGUUUUCUUCGCGUUGCCAUAGUUACCUCAUCGAUUCUAUACAGUCGAAUCGGAAAGGAGAUCUUGUCUUAACCUCGUCAUCGUGGCGGUCACCUCUUAGCGUGCUAUGGUCGAUAAGUCAUAAUGAUUUCAUAUCAAAAUUGCAAUUCAAUGAUGAAUUUUACUGCGAGUUUAGUAAAUUAACGCAAGACAAAAUCAUCGGUACCCAAAGCGAUUGUUCGAUUAUAUAUGACGUGCAGACGGGCCAGAAAGUGUCAACAUUUAAACCGGUACUAGGCAAUCAAUAUACGAAAAAUAGAGCCACCUUUUGUCCCGCUGAUGAAUUAGUUUUGUCAGAUGGUGUUUUAUGGGAUGUCAAAUCUGGAAAAGAAAUCCAUAAAUUUGAUAAACUAAAUCAAUCACUUUCGGGUAUAUUUCAUCCUAAUGGUUUAGAGAUUAUUUCAAAUACAGAAGUAUGGGACCUACGGACAUUUCAUUUGUUGCAAACUAUACCGGUUUUGGAUCAAUGUUAUAUAAAAUUUUCACCUAUGCAUGUUUUGUAUGGCAUUAGUCUGGAAGUAGAGAAUCGUAACGAAUUCGACGAUUCAAACACAUACGAGACGAGCUUUAAAGUCCUUGAUGCUUAUGAUUAUUCCAGUAUAUCGACUAUCGAUGUGAAAAGGAAUAUUUACGAUUUAAGUGUGAGUGGUAAUGGCAGUCUGAUAGCGCUGGUAGAAAAUCAACCGUCUUAUGAUACCAAGCCGGAAACCUUUGUAAAGAUUUACGCUGUUGGGAUGAAAAAACAUGAACAUGAAGAAGAGGAAGAUGAUGAGGAGCCGGAAUCUGAAGAAGACAAUUCCGACAGUGACGCUUCCACAGAAAUUUUCGAUCUGCUUCCAAAUGAUGAAAUACGUAAUAGAAAUGGCAAUAAUGAAAAUUUUGUAGAAGACGAGGACGACGACGAUGAGGAUGAAGAAGAUGACGACGCGGACGAGGACGACGACGAGGAAGGUUGGAUCGAUAUGGGAUCAUCAGAUGAUGACAUGGCGGGCGUUCUUUGAUUGUCUUAAAUUUCAAUUACGUUUUCUGAACAUACGAUACGAGAGGAUUACGUAUGCGCGUUGUUUUUCUUACCCAAAACGAAUACUCUUGCAAACGUAUAUGUAAAGGAAUAAUAAGAUGUUCAAACAGUUGCUACACUUAAGCUGCUGUCAUCUAGAUUAUUGUAUAAACUCAAUUUUUCAAUUAAACGAUAGUUUUCUUUAUAUGUUUACAUAUAUAGGCACGUUGUCGUAGAUAUUAUAAAAUGUUUCCAGAAUACACAAGCACUGUCGAAAGAACAACGAAAACUGCUCUCUCAAGUGUUACGAAAAACUGAUCCUAAAUUUUUCCCUUUUAUUUUGUCUGUUCAACCCCCUAAGUCCGACAAAUGUCUUUAAAAAUCACUUCUUAGUGAUGGUUACAUUUAACAUAUUAAUAUGGAAUACAAGUAACUACGUGUGCUGUCUCUUUUUCAAUACCUCGCGUUAACACGAACAAUGGUACAUACUUAUGUCUGCAAAAGCUAGAUGCUAGAUGCUUGCAUAAACAGCACUGCUGUGAGUUUCACAAUUUUGUGACUAUGUCUCCAUAUUCUACUUUGCAGUAUCGUAUCCAUCAAGAGCUGGCAAAACAAAGCAACUAGAGAUCACGAUAGGAUUCGGUCUAAACCGAAUAUAAUCGACCUGUUAAAUAUUUGUGCUUACCAAAAAUGUACUUUCACGUCCGUUAUCAGUUACGAAUGUUUCAUUGUUUAAAUUUUUAAGUCAUAGGAUAGCGGUUAAUGACUCUUAACAUUUUGGCUUGAUAGAGAAGGCAUUUAGAGCGAAUACUUUUCCUUACUAAUGAAAAGACAAUUGACUUUUAUUAUUGCUUCCCUUUUAAUAUUUAUUUUGAAUAUGUAUGUAGGCAUUAAUUUUAUUUGAAUGCCACCUGUACAACCCUUAGAGGAAAUAUUAACUGCAUUUAAAAGGUAGUUCAAUAUCUGGAAAAUGAAUU